AUGCCGAACAAAGCAUCAGCAGACAAUUUCCUCGACAUUUUAAACCAGUGCCAUUCCUCUAUUAAGUUUACCAUGGAGACAGAGAGUAACAGCAUGCUCCCUUUUUUGGGCACCCAGCUGCUCAACAAACGUACACAUGUUGAGACCAAGGUGUACGUCAAACCUACAAAUACGGGCCUUUUACUACAUUACAAGAGCCAUGUAGAUGAUCGUUACAAACGUGGGUUAUUAAAAACUAUGCUUGAUCGUGCAUUUCGACUUUCAUCUAAUUGGCGUUAUUUCUCUGAAGAAUGCGAUCGACUUAAAUCAGUAUUUUCUCGUUUGAAAUAUCCUGAUAAUCUAGUCAAUUCUACCAUUUCACGGUUUGUUGCCGCCAAAGUAUCUGAUCAACCAGUUUCCUUACCUGCUGUCAGCGAUCGAUCGGACCCCAUUCGCGUUGUCCUACCGUAUAAAGAUCAGGCAUCCGCUGAUAUUGUUCGUGCCCAACUUAAAGAUCUAAGUCAUAGGAUCCAGACGACCUUACAACCUGUAUUUGUUAGCCAGAAGAUUGGUCGAGACCUCAAAUUGCGAGAAGCUAAGCCGCCGAUUGUGAACCAACAGUGCCUUGUUUACAAAUUUCAAUGUGACCUGUGCGAUGCAGGUUAUGUUGGUUUCACACGCCGUCAUCUACACCAACGUAUUGAAGAACAUAAAAACUCCUCUUCGUCAAUUGGCAAACAUUUUCGCGACAAACAUUCUUUGACUUACAAAGAACUUUAG